UGUUCUAUCUAGAUUCCCUAUCUUUAACAUGUCCACAGAUCACUGACCAGUUAUUUAAACAUUGAGACAACAUAUCGACAGAAUUUCAAGCCUGAAAGAGGAUAUAUAAUGGAAUAAACUGAUCUUUAUGGAGCAUCAUUCCUUACACUACUUUUAAAUAAAAUAUUAAAGAAGAAAUGUCAAUCACUGAACUACUCAUACUAUAAAUAGAUGGCAUGUAUGAUGGCUCAAAUUAUUCACAGUGAAGGCAAGAAAAUCCAUUACCAAAACCCAGCAGCAGUAACACAUUUGAUCCUGAUCUUUCUGCUUCAUUCUGUUUUCAGAAAAAAACUAUAUAAUGCAAAAGAAAAGAAAAAAAAAAAAAAAACAGUACAUCCCGAAAAACUCAGCAAAAAAGGUCAUAUAACUAGCUAGUAAUGGAUACCGUGAACAGGUUAGUGGAACAAAAGCCUUUGGUAAUCUUCAGCAGAAGCUCUUGCUGCAUAAGCCACUCAGUGAUUAAACUGAUCAGCGGCUAUGGAGCAAACGCAACAAUUUAUCAGCUAGAUGACAUUUCCAAUGGGCAAGAAAUAGAUAGAGCGCUACAAAGGCUAGGACUUAGGCCGAGUAUUCCUGCAGUUUUCAUAGGCCAAAAAUUAGUUGGUGGUGCUAACGAGAUUAUUAGCCUGCAGGUCCAAGGAAGACUUGUGCCAAUGUUGAAAGAGGCCGGAGCUCUAUGGGUUUAGAAUAAAAUCAAACAAUUUCAUACCCUUACACUGUACUACAUUACUGCACGUCACUGUGUAAAAAAUAUUCUUCCUUGUUCUAGAGAGUUUGAUGCUACAGCCUGUAUCAUGCAGUCAUGCUAUACUAGAAGCCAACCUUAGCUUGCAAAUCUCUAGCUAGGCCAAAUCUGAAGUUGACAUUCCUUCCGUACUGACUUGUACAAUCUCGUGUCAGCAUUUAUUCCUUUGUAAGCUAUGUGCACAAUUCAGACAAUUGUCAGUUUAGAUAAAGCAGCUAAAAAAGUUCAUUACAAGCAGACAA